AUGUCUUCCUCUCUCGACCAGCUUAAGGCCACCGGCACCGUCGUUGUCUCUGACUCCGGCGACUUCGCCUCCAUCGCCAAGUACAAGCCCCAGGAUGCUACCACCAACCCCUCCCUCAUUCUCGCUGCCUCUAAGAAGCCCGAGUACGCCAAGUUGAUUGACGAGGCCGUUGCCUACGCUAAGCAGAAGGGUGGCUCCGUCGACGACCAGGUCGACGCUGCUCUCGACUCCCUACUCGUCGAGUUCGGCAAGGAGAUCCUCAAGAUCGUCCCCGGCAAGGUCUCUACUGAGGUCGACGCCCGCUUCUCCUUCGACACCAAGGCCUCCGUUGAGAAGGCUCUGCACAUCAUUGACCUGUACAAGGAGCAGGGCAUCUCCAAGGACCGCGUCCUGAUCAAGAUCGCCUCUACCUGGGAGGGUAUCAAGGCUGCCGAGAUCCUCCAGCGCGACCACGGCAUCAACACCAACCUUACCCUCAUGUUCUCUAUUGUCCAGGCCAUCGCUGCUGCUGAGGCCGGCGCCUACCUCAUCUCCCCCUUCGUCGGCCGUAUCCUCGACUGGUACAAGGCCGCCACCAAGAAGGACUACUCCAAGGAGGAGGACCCCGGUGUCAAGUCCGUCCAGACCAUCUUCAACUACUACAAGAAGUACGGCUACAACACCAUCGUCAUGGGUGCCUCUUUCCGCAACGUUGGCGAGAUCACCGAGCUUGCUGGCUGCGACUACCUGACCAUCUCCGUAUGUUACUACCCCGGCCUACCUUGCCCGUGUGAGAUGCAUUUGACUAACAAGAUUCUCAGCCCAACCUGCUUGAGGAGCUUCUCAACUCCGACGCUCCCGUCCCCAAGAAGCUCGACGCCGCCCAGGCCGCCAGCCUCGACAUCGAGAAGAAGUCCUACAUCAACGACGAGUCCCUCUUCCGCUUCGACUUCAACGAGGAGCAGAUGGCCGUCGAGAAGCUCCGCGAGGGUAUCUCCAAGUUCGCCGCCGAUGCUGUCACCCUCAAGGACAUCAUCAAGGCCAAGGUCACCGCAUAAAUUAGUGCGCAAAAAGAAUAAUAGGUGGCGAAAGGUGCUUAUUGGUGCGAGGAGGCAAAUUAUCAAACAAUGA